GCGAGCGCUUCGCUGCGCGCCUCUCACCUCAGUGAAGCGGCCCUCGUCGCUAUUUGUCCGCACGCUAUCCAAAACACUGACUCUACCUGGCAAUCCCUCUGAGAGCCCUCUUUAUGGUGAAAUCGUCUCAGUCCAGCUGGAUUGAUGAAUGAGCAUCUGUUGCAAUAAACCUGUUCAGGACUGGCAUGGAUUUUGCCAAUGGUGGCGAAGAUCCUGCAAUACUGCAGCUGCAGAAAUGGGGGUCCUCGCAAGUCCAAGUCAACCUGUCAGACUUCUGUGAAGGUUUUAUUUCUCCAAGACGGGAGUUAUUAGCUCUGCUUUCAUAUCAUUGUGAAGCUUUACUGCUUCCAUUGGGUAAAGGUAAAAGUAUUAAUGAUCCACAAAUCUCUAAGAAUUUUCGGAAUGCGGAUACUUUGUCUUCCUGCUCAGUGGAGUGCAUGGUACUCGGUAAAACAGAGUUAGGGAAUGACUGUGAGAGCACUUCUCAGUCAAUUGAGAGAAAGCCGUGCAACAUAAAUACAGCGACAGUGGAUUUUGAAAGAUCAAACUCUUUCCCUUCUAUUUCUGAUGUAAAAACUGUGGCUUGGGGUAUAUGCGAAGAUUUAUGUAGUCAGCAUGACAGUGUUCCUUUCAAAGAACUGCUUUUCGUGUUAGGCCAUGAGGGGGUAACUGUCCAUGCCUUUUGUCAUUCUUAUAUGACGAGUGAGUCAAUAACACCCACAGAACAAGAUGAUGUAGGUCAAGGGCUAUGGGUGGAUUGGGGGCCGUCAACAGCCUCAGCUCAACCAGCUGGAGCUCUGUAUGACUCUACCGCCCAGUCCAAUGAGUCCCUGGAGGUCAGUGACAUGAACGGGUCUAGUCCAACUGGGGAAAGAGCUAAUAGCUGUUCUAUGGAGGGUAAAAAGGAGGUGUCAUCUGAGAGUGCUGGAGUAAAAAGAUGGCUGCGUACUUUUUUGACUGAAGUUAAAACAAUGAAUUCUGAUGGAAAAGUGUAUACAAAGUUCCCAGAUAAAUCAUCAGUUCCUUCAUCUGCUUCAGUUGUCUCAUUUAGUAAUUUUCUCAGCUGUCCACAGCUUUUGGAAUUUUUAUUUGAUGGUUGUCCUAUAUCACAUGACAAACAGAAUGGUAAUAUCUCAGCCGAAGAUCCUACAGAAAGUAUAUGUACAGAUUCCACACAGAUGUCCCCUGAUGCUCUAGUUGAUCAGAUGAGCACCUCUUACAAAUGUUUCAGUGUGUUCUCUAAUGAUGCACAAUGCUUGAUUGGGUUUGCCUUAAAUACAAAUAAAAAUGUUAAAACUAACACAACAAAUAUAGAUGAUGGAACGUGCGUUUUAGUUGCAGUGGCCAGGUUAAUUGAUUGGGGAAUGCAGUGGGUUUGCUCGGUGAAAGUGGGCAAAUGCCCUGAGGGUAGGUCAGCAAUUGAGUGGCCAGAGUUUAGGUUUUCUCAUGCUUUUCUUAUUUGUCUUAAUGUUACUGGCUUAGUCUCCUUUUACGUUGCAUUAACCGGUGAACAUAUAGCAUGUAUAGAUCUGUUAAAUGUGUGUGGAGUUUCUCCUUCCUUAGUAUCUCAAGAACAAAAGAAUUCAUCUCUGAAGAUUAGAGAAAGUCGUAUUGAAGAGAAGAAAUGUGGUCAGUUCAUCAAUCAGGAGGGAGAUUAUGUUGGUAGAAGAAGGUUCAAAAGGAUUUUUGUCAUUUCCCAUUCCUUGACUUUUUGUGUGAUCGAUGAAUAUGGUUUAACAUAUGUAAUAAAUGUGGAUGACCAUAUCCCAAAGAAGUACUGUUCACUUGAGAAAUUACACCCUCAGUAUCAACAGUUGGGUAAUGAAAUGUUGGCUGCUUGGGAGGUAGGUUCCGCUGAAAUUGGCUAUCAAAGGGUCUUUUCUGAUUUUUUCGGUGGGAAGGAACAAAGUAACUCAUCCAUUAUUAGAGAGUCUUCUUUUACUGCUAAUACACACGGGGAAAGGAAGUAUGGCUCAUAUGGGAGUAGCCUAUCUGAUGCUACCGAUGUAAAUAAGAAUAGGAUUUUUGGUAGUAGAUCACAUUCAUGCCAUAGCAGAAAAGUUUUCAUUGGUAUAGAUGGAUCCAAAGAAGAUGCUGUUGUUUGUUUUUCUCCUUUUGGGCUCACUCGGCUAGUGAAGAAAAAAUAUUCUGAGGGAAAUGUCAAGUGUCAACUUGUUCAUUCCAGUUUACAUGUAAACUUGACUGUAAAUGAUGACAGCUGCUAUAACAUUCAAGUUUGGGAUGCUAUAGUUGACGAAGCUAUAGGUUGUAGUUUUCAUGGUUCUUUAUAUUUGGUCACAAAGGACGGUAUUGCUGUAGUUCUGCCUCGUCUUUCACUUCCUUCGAAUUUCUAUCCUGUCGAAGCAAUUGGAUACCAACAAUCUUGUUAUAGUGCUGGCUCAAAUUAUGGGAUGCAUAAGCUUCAUGAAUUUGAAAGCACAAAAAGACGUUUUUCUCCAUGGAAAGUGGAGGUCUUGGAUAAGGCUCUCUUGUAUGAUGGGCCUGAAGUGGCAGAUCAAUUAUGCUUGGAAAAUGGAUGGGACUUGAGUGUUACGCGGAUUCGGCACUUGCAGCUGGCAUUGGAAUACCUAAAAUUCGAGGAGAUUGAAAAGUCUUUAGAAAUGCUUACUCAUGUCAAUUUGGCUGAAGAAGGCAUCUUGAGGAUGCUCCUUGCUGUUGUUUAUCUGAUGUCCUGCAAAGUUGGUAAUGAUAACGAGGUCUCCGCUGCAUCAAGGCUUCUUGCUUUAGGAACUGGCUUUGCCACCAAGAUGAUACGGGAAUAUGGUUUAUUGCAGCAAAAUUCUUUUCUUUCUUCAGAGUUGAUAGAUAGUAGACCUGAUGAAACAGGAGAUCUAGAAAGGCUUCAGAAGAUGGCUCACUUUCUGGAGAUCAUACGGAAUCUGCAGUGGCGACUCACGUACAAAUGCAAAAGGCUAGGCCAAGAAUUGGUGGAUCAAGGUGACGCCGUAGGUGAGACAGAUUUGUUGCAGGACGAGUCCAGGAUUCUAGAUGUUUCUGCUGAUGUCUUAUCUCUGGAGGCAUCAAACCAAAAAGGUCUGAUUCCUGCUUCUGAGAUGGAGAGAAACAAUGGUGAAGCCCUUGCUUUGAUGCCCGUGGAUGCAUUUGAUUCCAAAAACAUUUCUGCUUUGGGCACGUUUGAGGAACCAUCUUUAAUAUCUGAAAGAAAUUCUGUGAAGAGAGUUUUUUCCGUAGAAAAUCCAAAGGAUAUGAUUGCACGGUGGGAGAUUGAUAAUUUGGAUGUGAAAACAGUUGUCAAAGACGCUAUACUUUCUGGUCGUCUUCCUCUGGCUGUUCUUAAGCUGCAUCUUCAUCGUUCAAGAGAUUUAAUGUCAGAUCAGGAAAAUCAGGAUACAUUCAACGAAGUUCGCGAAGUUGGAAGAGCUAUUGCUUAUGACUUGUUCCUGAAGGGUGAGACUGGACUUGCUGUAGCAACACUUCAAAGGCUGGGGGAAGACAUUGAAACCAGCCUUAAACAGUUGGUUUUCGGUACUGUUCGGAGAUCUCUACGGAUGCGAAUUGUUGAAGUCAUGAAAGGACUCGGGUAUCUUGGACCACAUGAGUGGCAAAUUUUAGAGAAGAUCUCACUUAUCGAGAGGGUUUAUCCUUGCAGCAGUUUCUGGAGUACCUUCUCUUGCCGGCACAAAGAGUUCAAAGGAGUAUCAAAUGGAAAUGCAACAAAAGAAAUAAAACUGCACUUAUUGGCUCCAUUGGGUAGAGACCUAGUUAUUGCCUGUGGUGAACUUGAUGGAGUUGUGUUGGGUUCAUGGAUAAAUGUCAACGAACAACCAAAUGCUCCUGAAGCUGACGAUGAUAGUACUCAUUCUAGCUACUGGAGUGCUGCUGCUGUGUGGUUUGAUGCCUGGGAUCAGAGAGUUGUUGAUUGUAUAGUGCUGGAUCAACCUUUCCUUAUGGGGGUCAAUGUUUUAUGGGAGUCACAACUUGAUUACCACAUUCGCCAUAGUGACUGGUUGGAUGUUUCAAGACUUUUAGAGGUAAUUCCAUCAUAUGCAUUAACCAGUGGAAGCCUCAGUGUCAGUUUGGAUGGUGUACGCUCUUCACCAGUUGACGAAUAUCUUCAGAAACCUCAUGACUGUGGCAGUUACAUAUAUUCUCUUGAAGAGGUGGAUGCUGUUUGCAUGAAUGUACCGAGUGUCCAAAUUUUCAGGUUUUCUGCGUACAGCAUGUGCUCCACGUGGUUGCUAAUGUUUAUGGAGCGAGAACUUGCUAAGAAAUUUAUUUUUCUGAAGGAUUACUGGGGAGCUACUGCUGAUAUUGUAGCUCUUCUGGCACAGUCAGGUUUUAUUCGUGAUGUGCAUAAGUCUUUACCGAUGGAUGAGCUGGCUGAGAGCUGGUCAGACUCUGUACUAGAUAUUAGUGAUGCUAGAACUCAUCCACAUUCAAUCGAAGCAUUUCAUAAGGUUAUUGUUCACUACUGUUCACAGCACAACUUGCUGAAUUUUCUGGAUCUUUACCUUGAGCACCACAAAUUGGCUUUAAAUCAUGAAUCAGUUUCCUGGAUGCAGGAUGCAACAGGAGAUAACCAAUGGGCAAAAUGGUUGCUCUUACAAAGGGUCAAGGGAAAAGAGUAUGAAGCGUCAUUCUCUAAUGCCCGCGCUGUUGUAUCCCAUAAUUUGGUUGCUGGUAACAGUUUCAGCACUAUGGAGAUAGAAGACAUAAUACAUACUGUUGAUGACAUUGCGGAAGGAGCAGGAGAAAUGACAGCUUUAGCCACAUUGAUGUAUGCUCCAAUUCCGAUUCAAGAUUGCUUGAGCAGUGGUAGUGUUAACAGGCUCUAUAGUUCUGCACAGUGUACAUUGGAGAAUCUUAGGCCAUUCCUCCAGCGCUUCCCUACUUUGUGGCGUGCUCUAACUGCGGCAUGUUUUGGACAAGAUCCAACUUGCAGCAUUAUAAGUCCUAAACCGAAAUUAUUUGGGUAUUCUGAUUUAUUAGACUAUUUGAAUUGGCGCGAGAGUGUGUUCUUCUCUUCGGCACAUGAUACUUCACUCUCACAGAUGCUUCCGUGCUGGUUCCCUAAGACUGUCCGGAGAUUAAUUCAGCUUUAUGUACAGGGCCCACUUGGUUGGCAAUCAAUUGCAGAUUUGCCGGUGGGUGAUCCCUCUCUUCUGAGGGACAUUGUUCCUUCGGACAUCAGCCCCUUGUCCUGGGAAGUUGCCAUCCAGAAACACAUUGAGGAGGAGCUGUAUGAUUCUUCAUUAAAGGAAUCUAGAGUUGGAAUUGAGCACCAUUUACAUCGUGGACGUGCAUUGGCAGCUUUUAAUCAGCUGCUUUCAAAUAGAGUUCAAAAGUUGAAGUCAGAAAGUUCACGUAGAGGGCAGCACGGUACUUCAGUGCAAGGACAAACAAACAUCCAGUCAGACGUGCAGAUGCUUCUUUCACCUAUAACACAGAGCGAACAGUUGUUUCUUUCAUCCGUCGUGCCCCUUGCUAUUGUGCAUUUUGCUGAUUCAGUGUUGGUGGCAUCUUGUGCUUUUCUGUUGGAGUUGUGCGGUUUAUCUCCCGGUACCCUCCAAAUUGAUGUUGCGGCUUUGAGAAGAAUAGCAUCCUUUAAUAAAUCCGGCCCUUGUUCCAAUCACUUUAAGCAACCUUCCCCCAGGAGUUCUUCAUUUCAUUCAAAUACUUAUGACAAUAAUAUUACUGAAUCUUUAGCACGAGGAUUGGCAGAUGAUUAUUGCCAGAAUGAUUGGUUCAAUCAAGCUAAUCAAAAAAGUGAUCAGUUCACAACCUGUGGUAGACAGCCAUCUCGAGCUCUCAUGCUUGUCCUGCAACACUUGGAAACAGCAAGUCUUCCGUCAUCAGCUGAUGGAGUUACGUGUGGCUCUUGGUUGUUAACUGGUAAUGGUGAUGGAGUUGAAUUGAGGUCUCAGCAAAAAGCUGCAAGCGAACACUGGAAUUUGGUGACAACAUUUUGUCAGGCGCAUCAAAUUCCUGUGAGCACGAGAUAUCUUGCUAUAUUAGCAAGAGACAAUGACUGGGUUGGCUUUCUCUCAGAAGCUCAAAUUGGAGGCUACCCCUUGGAGACAGUGAUGCAAGUUGCAUCAAAGGAGUUUGGUGAUGCACGUCUGAAAACCCACAUACUAACACUUCUGAAGAGUAUGCAAUCAAGGAAGAAAUUUAGCUCUUCUUCAAGUUCAGAUACAGGAGAAAAGAAGAAUGGGACAUCAUUUCCAGAUGAAAAUAUGUAUACACCGGCCGAACUAUUUGGAAUAAUCGCUGAGUGCGAGAGGCAACCAAGGCCUGGACAAGCUCUUCUCCUGCAAGCAAAGAAUUUAUGCUGGUCACUUUUGGCUGCAAUUGCGUCCUGUUUUCCAGAUGUCUCUCCGUUAUCUUGCCUGACAGUUUGGCUAGAAAUAACUGCAGCAAGGGAAACAUCAGCCAUCAAAGUUAAUAAUGCUGCUUCCCAGAUUGCAAACAAUGUCGUGGCAGCUGUGGAAGCAACUAAUUCCCUACCUGCAUCUGCCAAAGCACAUACAGUGCAUUAUAAUCGCAAAAUCCCAAAGCGUAGACGGCUCAUGGAGCCUGUGUCAGUGCAUUCCUUAGCUUUCACAAUGCCUGAUGCACAAAAGGCAGAUGGAAAUGUGAGAAUUCAAGACAUGACUGCUGAAGAGGAAUGUGAAAAGCAAGUUGAUCAGGACGAGAAACUUUCAAAUGACUCCGAUGAAGUGGCUGGUUCUCUGUCUAGAAUGGUUGCUGUGCUUUGUGAACAGCAUUUAUUCCUUCCUUUGCUCAGAGCUUUUGAAAUGUUUCUUCCUUCUUGUUCCCUCUUACCUUUUAUCCGAGCUCUUCAGGCAUUUUCUCAAAUGCGCCUUUCUGAAGCUUCAGCUCAUCUCGGAUCCUUUUCUGCUAGAAUUAAGGAAGAACCUCACGUACCCACACAAGUUGGAAAAGAAGGGAAAAUUGGUAGUUUAUGGAUAAGUUCUACUGCUGUGAAAGCUGCUGAUGCUAUGCUCUCAAGAUGUCCUUCACCUUAUGAAAAAAGAUCCUUAUUACAACUCCUUGCUGCCACUGAUUUUGGUGAUGGAGGUUCUGCUGCAACAUAUUAUCAACGGCUCUACUGGAAAGUAAAUUUAGCGGAACCUUCUCUUCGCAAAAAUGAUGGCCUACAUCUUGGGAACGAGCCACUAGAUGAUGCUUCACUUUUGACAGCAUUAGAGGAACAUGGACAUUGGGAACAGGCACGCAAUUGGGCUAAGCAUUUAGAGGCCAGUGGUGGAUCUUGGAAAUCUGCAACGCACCAUGUUACUGAAACACAGGCUGAGUCCAUGGUUGCAGAGUGGAAGGAAUUCCUUUGGGAUGUUCCAGAAGAAAGGGUUGCUUUAUGGGGUCACUGCCAGACUCUCUUUCUUAGAUAUUCCUUCCCACCAUUACAGGCAGGAUUAUUUUUCCUCAAGCAUGCAGAGGCAGCGGAAAAAGAUCUCCCGGCUAGAGAGCUUCAUGAACUAUUGUUGCUUUCUCUGCAGUGGUUGAGUGGGACGAUUACUCAAUGCAACCCAGUUUGUCCUUUGAAUCUUUUGAGAGAAAUUGAAACUAGAGCAUGGCUACUGGCGGUUGAAUCAGAGACUCAAGUGAAAAGCGAAGGAGAGUUUACCCUCUCUGGUCGUGAACCUGCAAGUGGCAAGGGCUCAAGCAUUAUUGACCGAACUGCAAGCAUUAUUACUAAAAUGGAUAACCACAUUAAUUCAGUGAGAAUCAAGUCUGGGGAGAGGAAUGAUACAAAGGAAAGUAACCAGUCACAUCUCAAGACCACUCAGAUGUCAGAUUCUAGCUCUUCAGUUGCCAUAUUGGGCGGUGCAAAAGUGAAAAGGAGAGCCAAAGGUUUUGUACCCUCAAGAAAGUCUUUAGCUGAUCCAGUGGACAGAAGUAACGGGCCUGAAACUAGCUCCAUUAAUUUUAAUUUAAAGGAGGAUUCACAGAUACCAGAUGAAAACCUUAAAAUAGAAGCAAAUUUUUCGAAGUGGGAGGAAAGAGUUGGACCCGCGGAGCUAGAACGAGCUGUUCUUUCACUGCUGGAAUUUGGACAAAUUGCGGCUUCCCGACAGCUUCAACAUAAAUUAUCUCCAGGCUGCAUACCAUUUGAAUUCAAACUUGUGGAUGCUGCCCUAAAGCUUGCUGCAAUUGCCACCCCAAACAACAAAGUAUCGAUAUUGGUGCUCGAUGGAGAACUUCGUUCUAUUAUGCAGUCAUACCAUCUUUUCCCUAAUCAACACGUGAUUGAUGCUCUCCAGGUACUGGAGAGUUUAGCAAUUCUCCUAACUGAAGGUAGGGGACGCGGCCUUUGCAUGCGAAUAAUAUCAGUUGUGAAGACUGCAAAUGUUUUGGGUAUUCCAUUUUCAGAAGCAUUUGAAAAGCAUCCUAUUGAACUCUUACAAUUGCUAUCUCUAAAAGCGCAAGACUCUUUUGAAGAAGCAAAGCUCUUAGUUCAAUCACAUUAUAUGCCUGCAGCUAGUAUCGCUCAAAUUCUUGCUGAGUCGUUUUUGAAGGGUUUGCUAGCAGCACAUCGUGGAGGUUACAUGGAAUCUCAAAAAGAGGAGGGGCCUGCUCCUUUAUUGUGGAGAUUUUCUGAUUUCUUGAAGUGGGCUGAGCUUUGCCCCUCUGAACCAGAAAUUGGCCAUGCUUUACUGCGUUUAGUUGCCACUUGUCAAGGAAUACCACAUGCCUGUGAAGUUGAGCUUCUCAUUUUGUCCCACCACUUCUACAAGUCCUCAGCAUGCCUUGAUGGAGUUGAUGUUCUUGUAGAUCUUGCAUUCAAAAAGGUGGAGGCUUAUGUAUCUGAGGGUGAUUUUCCAUGUUUAGCUCGCCUGAUAACCGGAGUGGGGAACUUCCAUGCACUUAAUUUCAUUCUUGGUAUCCUUAUUGAGAAUGGUCAGCUCGAUCUUCUUCUUCAGAAGUUUUCAGCUGCUAUCGAUGCCAACGCUGGCACUGCCGAGGCAGUAAGAGGAUUCAGAAUGGCUGUUCUCACAUUACUCAAGCAAUUUAAUCCCAAUGAUCUUGAUGCUUUUGCCAUGGUUUAUAGCCAUUUUGAUAUGAAGCAUGAGACGGCUUCUCUUUUGGAGUCACGAGCAGAGCAAUCAAGUAAGGAGUGGUCCCUCCGAUCUGACAAGGAUCAGACUGAUGAGCUCUUGGCUUCCAUGCGGUACUUCAUUGAAGCUGCUGAAGUUUACUCAUCAAUUGAUGCUGGCAACAAAACACGCCAAGCUUGUGCACAGGCAUCACUUCUCUCUCUGCAGAUUCGGAUGCCAGACUUACACUUUCUCAAUCUGUCUGAAACUAAUGCAAGGCGGGCACUGGUCGAACAAUCCCGUUUCCAAGAAGCACUAAUUGUUGCUGAAGCUUAUGGCCUUAACCAGCCAGGUGAAUGGGCCCUGGUACUUUGGAAUCAAAUGCUCAGACCAGAGCUCGUUGAACAGUUUGUGGCUGAAUUUGUUGCUGUGCUCCCCCUUCAACCGUCGAUGCUUCUCGAACUUGCUAGAUUUUAUAGGGCUGAAGUCGCUGCAAGAGGAGAUCAAUCCCAGUUUUCCGUGUGGUUGACAGGGGGAGGGCUCCCAGCUGAAUGGGCAAAGUAUCUCGGGAGAUCAUUUAGAUGUUUGUUGAGAAGAACUAGGGACUUGAGGUUGCGAUACCAACUGGCUACCAUCGCAACUGGUUUUGUCGAUGUGGUUGAUGCAUGCAAUAGAGCAUUCGAUAAAAUCCCUGAAAAUGCUGGACCUCUUGUCCUGAGGAAAGGUCAUGGUGGAGGUUACCUUCCACUGAUGUAAGCUUCGAACAUGAAACCUCCUACAGAUACAGUUGUAUGCUAUAUCAGUUUUGAAUUUUUGUGCCCCAAAUUUAGCUUUAGUAGGAAGCAGCGUAAAUUCUUGAAGACACAGUAUAGAUGGUUAGGUCUGAUGAGUUGAUGAUCUGCAAUUUUUGGCAUCAUUUUAUUUGUUCAUUUACCCAUAUUCUUUCCAACUGAACCGAGGACGGGUGAACAGAGUGCAGUUUUGUUGUUUAAGGAAUGUAUAUUAGAGUACAUGUAUAUUGUUGUACGAUAUUCUUUUGUGGAUAUGCAAUGUAAGUGGGUGGAAUUUCUUUAUUUUGUGCUCUA